AAGAACAACGCCAUUGUCUGCAACAUUGGUCACUUUGACAACGAAAUUGACAUGCAUGGUCUUGAGACCUUCCCUGGUGUGAAGAGGAUCACGAUCAAGCCUCAGACUGAUAGAUGGGUCUUCCCAGACACCAACAGUGGUAUCAUUGUCUUGGCCGAGGGUCAUGUCGUGAACUUGGGAUGUGCCACCGGACACCCCAGUUUUGUGAUGUCCUGCUCUUUCACCAACCAAGUAAUUGCCCAGCUCGAGUUGUGGAAUGAGAAGAGCAGUGGCAAAUACGAGAAGAAGGUGUAUGUCUUGCCAAAACACCUCGACGAGAAUGUUGCUACCCUUCACCUUGGAAAGCUCGGAGAUAAGCUCACCAAACUUACCAAGGAACAAGCUGAUUACAUUAGCGUAUCAGUGGAGGGUCCUUACAAGCCUGCUCACUACAGGUACUGAGGGGAAGAGAAACUUACAGUGAAGCAACAUUAUGGCGGCAUUCUUGUUUUGUUUUUAAUACUCUUGAGUUUGUUUAGGUAUUAUUAGUUUUUUUAUUAUUGUUGGGGAUGUUUUGCUGGAAAGAAAUGGAAUGUGUUUUGAGUAAAUAUUUUGAGUUAUGGUUGGGGUGGUGUGGUAUGUUAUUGUACUAAGAUAGAUCGAAUUUGUCUUUUGCUCUUAUAUUAUUUGCCUCAAGUAAUCAAAGAAACAUACUUUUUCCCCUUUUCA